AUGGCACAGGCAAUGCUGGUACCGCCAGGACCUGACAGCUUCUUCUAUUUCACCAAAGAAUCUCUUGCAGCUAUUGAAAAACGUAUUGCUGAUGAAGCAUCUCGUUGUGACAAAGACGAGCAUAAGGAUGAUGGUGGUCAUGAAGAAAAUCACCCAAAGCCAAGUAAUGACUUGGAGGCAGGAAAGACACUGCCAUUUAUUUAUGGUGAUAUUCCUCCAGGAAUGGUGUCUGAGCCCCUGGAAGACCUGGAUCCAUAUUAUAUCAAUAAAAAAACAUUUAUAGUAUUGAAUAAAGGGAAGACAAUCUUCAGGUUCAGUGCCACACCUGCCUUGUACCUUUUAUCUCCUUUCAAUGUUAUUAGAAGAACAGCUAUUAAGAUUUUGGUUCAUUCAUAUCCUUUUCAAUCAACAUUGUUCAGCAUGCUCAUUAUGCUCACUAUUUUGACAAACUGUGUAUUUAUGACAUGGAAUAACCUUCCAGACUGGACAAAGAAUGUAGAGUACACUUUUACUGGAAUUUAUACUUUUGAAUUUCUGGUAAAAAUUCUUGCAAGAGGCUUCUGUAUAAAUGAUUUUACUUGCCUUCGUGACCCCUGGAACUGGCUUGAUUUUGUUGUCAUUUCCUUUGCAUAUGUGACAGAGUUUGUGGACCUGGGCAAUGUCUCAGCGUUGAGAACAUUCAGAGUUCUCCGAGCUUUGAAAACAAUAUCAGUCAUUCCAGGCUUGAAGACUAUUGUUGGAGCCUUAAUUCAGUCUGUGAAGAAGCUCUCUGAUGUAAUGAUUUUGACUGUGUUUUGCCUGAGUGUAUUUGCACUCAUAGGACUGCAGCUGUUCAUGGGCAAUUUGAAGAAUAAAUGCUUGUUAUGGCCAUCAAAAAAUUCAACGUCUUUUGAAAAAUACGUAGCUCCAUACUAUAAUGGUACAGUGUUUGACUGGACGGCAUACAUUGAGGAUGAAAGUCAUUUCUAUCGCCUAGAAGGACAAAAGGAUUAUCUGCUUUGUGGCAAUAGCUCAGAUGCAGGCAAAUGUCCAGAAGAGUUCAUCUGUGUGAAAGCUGGUAGAAACCCCAACUAUGGAUAUACCAGCUUUGACACAUUCAGUUGGGCUUUCUUGUCAUUGUUUCGACUGAUGACACAGGACUACUGGGAAAAUCUUUAUCAGCUAACACUACGAGCUGUUGGCAAGACAUACAUGAUAUUUUUUGUUCUGGUCAUUUUUCUGGGUUCCUUCUAUUUGAUUAACUUGAUUUUGGCUGUGGUUGCCAUGGCCUAUGAUGAACAAAAUCAAGCAACUAUAGUUGAAGCUGAACAGAGGGAGGCAGAGUUGCAGCAAAUGCUUGAACAGUUGAGGAAGCAGCAAGAAGAAGCUCAGGCAAUAGCAGAAGCUGCAGCAGAGAUGACAGAGUACAGCGGUGAAAGUGGGAUUGCUGGACCGUCAGAUAGUUCUUCAGAAGCAUCCAAACUUAGCUCAAAAAGUGCCAAAGAAAGGAGAAAUAGAAGGAAGAAAAGAAGGCAGAGGGAGCUCUCUGGAGAAGACAAUGGCACAAAGGAUGAAAAGCUUCCAAAAUCUGAAUCAGAUGGCAGUAUCAGAAGGAAAGGUUUCCGUUUUUCUUUUGAUGGGAACAGACUUGCUUAUGGGAAGCCGUUUGCAUCACCCCACCAGUCUUUACUGAGUGUUCGUGGCUCUCUGUUUUCUCCCAGACGUAGUAGCAGAACAAGUCUUUUCAGUUUUAGAGAAUAUGGAAGAGAGAUAGGAUCUGAAAAUGACUUUGCUGAUGACGAGCACAGCACGUUUGAGGAUAAUGGGAGCAGAAGAGGUUCACUCUUUUUGCCACACAGACACAGUGAACGGCGCAGUAGUAACAUUAGUCAGACUAGUAGAUCAUCAAGAAGGCUGCCACUAUUUCCAAUGAAUGGGAAGAUGCACAGCACUGUGGAUUGCAAUGGGGUGGUUUCCCUAGUGGAUGGACCACCAGGUCUGUUGUCGCCUACUGGACAGCUUCUGCCAGAGGUGAUAAUUGAUAAACCGACAACUGAUGACAAUAGCACUACUACAGAAACAGAAAUAAAAAAGAGGCGUACAAGUUCAUAUCUAUCACAAAUACGAUGGAAGAUGAACAAAAAUUUAUCUUCUCUUUCUCCAAAACUUGUUCACUCUACAUUUCUUUUUUUCCCAGAACUUGAAGAAUCCAGGCAAAAAUGUCCACCUUGCUGGUAUAAGUUUGCCCAUACUUUCUUAAUUUGGAAUUGUUGGGAGCCCUGGUUAAAAGUAAAGAAUGUAGUUGAAUUUAUUGUAAUGGACCCACUUGUUGAUCUGGCUAUCACUGUUUGCAUAAUUUUAAACACGCUGUUUAUGGCCAUGGAACAUUAUCCAAUGACUACCGAAUUCAAUAAUGUACUUAAAAUAGGAAAUCAGGUUUUUACUGGAAUUUUUGCAGCAGAAAUGGUUCUCAAGAUAAUUGCCAUGCAUCCUUUCUAUUAUUUCCAAGUUGGCUGGAAUAUUUUCGAUAGUUUUAUAGUUACCCUUAGUUUGGUGGAGCUUUUUCUGUCAACUGUGGAUGGAUUAUCCGUUCUCCGAUCAUUCAGAUUGUUGCGAGUUUUCAAAUUGGCAAAAUCUUGGCCAACUCUAAAUAUGCUGAUAAAAAUUAUUGGUAACUCAGUGGGGGCUCUGGGUAAUCUGACCCUGGUGCUGGCCAUCAUUGUGUUCAUUUUUGCUGUGGUUGGGAUGCAGCUGUUUGGGAAAAGCUACAAGGAAUGUGUCUGCAAGAUCUCUAAGGACUGUGAACUUCCACGCUGGCACAUGCAUGAUUUUUUCCACUCUUUCUUGAUUGUGUUUCGAGUGCUGUGUGGAGAAUGGAUAGAAACGAUGUGGGACUGCAUGGAGGUUGCAGGCCAACCCAUGUGCCUUACGGUCUUCAUGAUGGUCAUGGUGAUUGGAAACCUAGUGGUAUUAAACCUUUUUCUGGCCUUGCUGCUGAGUUCAUUUAGUUCAGACAGCCUUUCUCCUACAGAGGAUGAUAAUGAAAUGAACAACUUACAGAUUGCUGUUGCAAGAAUUCAGAAGGGAAUAAAUUAUGUGAAGAAAAAAGCAGGUGAAUGUGUCCGAAAGUCUUGUUGGAGAAAACAAGCUGUUGUAAAUCAAAGAACAGCAACAGAUCAGUUGAAUGAUGAGAGAGACCAUUGCAUUUCCAAUUGUACCAUUGCUGAAAUAAGGAGAGAUAUGAAUUAUCACAAAAAUGAGAAUGGAAUGACCACUGUUAUAGCUGGCAGUGAUUAUACAACGUUCAUAAACAACCCAAACCUUACUGUUACAGUACCAAUAGCUGUUGGAGAAUCUGAUUUUGAACAUCUAAAUACAGAGGAGUUUAGCAGUGACUCUGAUUUGGAGGAAAGCAAGGAGAAGCUAAAUUUUUCCAGCUCAUCUGAAGGAAGUACAGUUAAUUUAGCUCUCUUUGGAGAAGAAAAAGCUGAAACUGAACCAGAAAAAGCAUCGGAGCUACAGGCAUGCUUUACAGAAGGCUGUAUACGGAAGUUUAAAUGCUGUAGAGGCAGUAUGGAAAGCACUAAAGGAAGAAUCUGGUGGAACCUUCGAAAAACCUGCUACAAGAUAGUAGAACACAACUGGUUUGAAACAUUCAUUGUCUUCAUGAUUCUUCUCAGUAGUGGUGCUCUGGCUUUUGAAGAUAUAUAUAUUGAACAGCGCAAGACUAUAAAAAUCAUACUGGAAUAUGCUGAUAAAAUCUUCACUUACAUCUUUAUUCUGGAAAUGGUGCUAAAAUGGGUGGCCUAUGGUUUCCAAACUUAUUUCACUAAUGCUUGGUGCUGGCUGGACUUCCUGAUUGUUGAUGUCUCCUUGGUCAGCUUAGUAGCUCAUGCCCUUGGUUUCUCAGAUCUCAGUGCAAUUAAAUCCCUGCGAACACUAAGAGCUUUGAGACCUCUAAGAGCUUUGUCACGCUUUGAAGGCAUGAGGGUGGUUGUGAAUGCUCUUACUGGAGCAAUCCCAUCCAUUAUGAAUGUACUUCUGGUUUGUCUUACAUUUUGGCUAAUUUUCAGCAUCAUGGGAGUAAAUUUGUUUGCUGGCAAGUUCUAUCGCUGCGUUAACACCACAACUGAUGAGCGAUUCCCACCAGAGGUUGUCAGUAAUGUAACCGAGUGUGAAAAUCUUAAAAUGACUUCUGUGGAUGUUCGGUGGAAAAAUGUGAAAGUAAACUUUGAUAAUGUUGGAGCUGGUUAUCUUUCUCUGCUUCAAGUAGCAACGUUUAAAGGAUGGACGGACAUCAUGUAUGCUGCGGUUGAUUCUAGAGAAGUGAGGAAACAGCCCAAGUAUGAGGACAACCUGUACAUGUAUAUUUACUUUGUUGCCUUUAUCAUCUUUGGAUCAUUUUUCACCCUAAACUUAUUCAUUGGUGUCAUCAUAGAUAACUUCAACCAACAAAAAAAGAAGCUUGGAGGUCAAGACAUUUUCAUGACAGAAGAACAAAAGAAAUACUACAAUGCAAUGAAGAAGCUUGGAUCCAAGAAACCACAAAAACCUAUACCUAGACCAUCGAAUAAAUUGCAAGGUCUGGUGUUUGAUAUUGUAACAAAGCAAGCAUUUGACAUCACCAUUAUGGUCCUUAUCUGUCUUAACAUGGUCACCAUGAUGAUAGAAACAGAUGACCAGGGUGAACUUAUGCAAAAUAUUUUAUACUGGAUUAACUUGGUCUUUGUUGUCCUUUUCACUGGAGAAUGUGUCUUCAAGCUUUUCUCACUCCGUUAUUAUUACUUCACCAUUGGCUGGAAUAUUUUCGAUUUUGUGGUUGUUAUUCUGUCAAUAGUAGGUAUGUUUUUAGCUGAGAUGAUUGAAAAGUACUUUGUGUCCCCCACUUUGUUCAGAGUUGUACGACUUGCCAGAAUUGGUCGAAUCCUGCGUCUCAUUAAAGGCGCUAAGGGAAUCCGCACUCUGCUUUUUGCUUUGAUGAUGUCUCUUCCUGCUUUGUUCAACAUUGGUCUGCUGCUGUUCCUCGUCAUGUUUAUCUAUGCGAUAUUUGGCAUGUCCAACUUUGCCUACGUUAAGAGGGAAGCCGGUAUAGAUGACAUGUUCAACUUUGAAACGUUUGGCAACAGCAUGAUCUGCCUAUUUCAAAUUACCACCUCUGCUGGCUGGGAUGGUUUGCUAGCCCCAAUUCUUAACAGUGGGGAGCCAGACUGUGACCCCCAUAAAGAUCACCCGGGGAGCUCUGUGAAGGGCGACUGCGGCAACCCUUCUGUUGGGAUUUUCUUCUUUGUCAGCUACAUUAUCAUAUCCUUUCUGGUAGUGGUGAACAUGUACAUAGCUGUGAUUCUGGAGAACUUCAGUGUUGCUACUGAAGAAAGUGCUGAACCCUUGAGUGAGGAUGACUUUGAGAUGUUCUAUGAGGUUUGGGAAAAAUAUGACCCAGAUGCAACACAAUUCAUAGAAUAUAGCAAAUUGUCUGAUUUUGCAGCUUCUCUGGAUCCUCCUCUUAAUAUACCAAAGCCAAACACAAUUCAACUUAUUGCAAUGGAUCUGCCCAUGGUUAGCGGUGACCGAAUUCACUGUCUUGACAUCUUGUUUGCUUUCACAAAGCGUGUUUUGGGAGAAAGUGAUGAGAUGGAUGCCCUCCGAAUACAGAUGGAAGAUCGGUUUAUGGCAGCCAAUCCUUCAAAAGUCUCCUACGAACCAAUUACAACCACAUUAAAACGAAAACAGGAGGAAGUGUCAGCUACUAUCAUUCAGCGUGCUUAUAGACGUUAUCUUUUAAGACAGUCAGUAAAGAAACUUUCAUUUAUGUACCGGAAAGAUGGGCUUGAUCUGUUUAUCAAAAAAGACAUGAUUAUUGAUAAGCUAAGUGAAAAUUCGCCUCCAGAGAAAAUGGAUAUGUCUGCAUCCACCACAUCUCCGCCUUCUUAUGAUAGCGUAACAAAACCAGAAAAAGAAAAAUAUGAAGAUGACAAAUCAGAAAAAGAAGACAAGGGGAAAGACAGAAAAGGAAAUAAAAAGUAA